AUGGUCGUGGACGUGGACGUGGACGUAGACAUGGUCGUGGACCUUGACGUGGACGUGGUCGUGGUCGUGGACGUGGUCGUGGACGUGGACAUGGACGUGGACGUGGACGUGGACGUGGACAUGGACGUGGACGUGGACGUGGACGUGGACGUGGACAUGAACGUGGAUGUGGACAUGGACGUGGAUGUGGUCGUGGUCGUAGACGUGGACGUGGACGUGGACGUGAACGUGUACGUGGACGUGGAGGACGUGGAUGUGGAGGACGUGGACGUGGACGUGGAGGACGUGGACGUGGACGUGGACGUGGACGUGGUCGUGGACAUGGAGGUUGACGUGGACGUGGACGUGGUCGUGGACGUGGAGGUUGACGUGGACGUGGACGUGGUCGUGGACGUGGAGGACUUGGACGUGGACAUGGAUGUGGACGUGGACGUGGACGUGGACGUGGACGUGGACAUGGUCGUGGACGUGGACGUGGACGUGGACGUGGACGUGGACGUGGACAUGGACGUGGACGUGGACGUGGACGUGGACGUGGACGUGAACGUGGACGUGGACGUGAACGUGAACGUGAACGUGAACGUGAACGUGGACGUGGACGUGAACGUGGACGUGGACGUGGACGUGAACGUGGACGUGAACGUGAACGUGGACGUGCACGUGCACGUGGACGUGAACGUGAACGUGGACGUGAACGUGGACGUGGACGUGGACGUGGUCGCGGACGUGGACUUGGACGUGGACGCGGACGUGGACAUGAACGUGGAUGUGGACAUGGACGUGGAUGUGGUCGUGGUCGUAGACGUGGACGUGGACGUGGACGUGAACGUGUACGUGGACGUGGAGGACGUGGAUGUGGAGGACGUGGACGUGGACGUGGAGGACGUGGACGUGGACGUGGACGUGGACGUGGUCGUGGACAUGGAGGUUGACGUGGACGUGGACGUGGUCGUGGACGUGGAGGUUGACGUGGACGUGGACGUGGUCGUGGACGUGGAGGACUUGGACGUGGACAUGGAUGUGGACGUGGACGUGGACGUGGACGUGGACGUGGACAUGGUCGUGGACGUGGACGUGGACGUGGACGUGGACGUGGACGUGGACAUGGACGUGGACGUGGACGUGGACGUGGACGUGGACGUGAACGUGGACGUGGACGUGAACGUGAACGUGAACGUGAACGUGGACGUGGACCGUGAACGUGGACGUGGACGUGGACACAUGGUCGUGGAUCUUGACGUGGACGUGGUCGUGGUCGUGGACGUGGUCGUGGACGUGGACAUGGACGUGGAUGUGGACGUGGACGUGGACAUGGACGUGGACGUGGACGUGGACGUGGACGUGGACGUGGACAUGAACGUGGAUGUGGACAUGGACGUGGAUGUGGUCGUGGUCGUAGACGUGGACGUGGACGUGGACGUGAACGUGUACGUGGACGUGGAGGACGUGGAUGUGGAGGACGUGGACGUGGACGUGGAGGACGUGGACGUGGACGUGGACGUGGACGUGGUCGUGGACGUGGAGGUUGACGUGGACGUGGACGUGGUCGUGGACGUGGAGGUUGACGUGGACGUGGACGUGGUCGUGGACGUGGAGGACAGGGACGUGGACAUGGAUGUGGACGUGGACGUGGACGUGGACGUGGACAUGGUCGUGGACGUGGACGUGGACGUGGACGUGGACGUGGACAUGGACGUGGACGUGACGUGGACGUGGACGUGGACGUGA